GGAGACAUUCCUUGCUGCUGACACUCGUGUAAAUCGCACAAAGAAUAUCCCAAAGGUCUUCCUGCAAAUAUCUUGAUUCUCAAUCCGCCAAAAGGCCGCAUCGUCAGUAUCAGACCAUUGCAGCCCUCUCCGUGUGGGAUCUUGAAGCCUGGCCUUCAUGUUUUCUUUGAUUGUUCUUAUUCCCGCAACUAGAACCGGACGCUCUUGACCGACUGAGUUGAAGAUUUCUGUCGAAGGCCCUCGUACAACAUGGCCACCGAAGGCAUUGAACCAGCCGAAUAUGCCUUGAUGCAGGAGUUAUUCAUUAAUCCCAAGAUCUACCUCCCCACACACCCGAAGAAUAUCGCUGAGCGGUUGCAAGAAUCGCCACAUAUCAAAUACACGCAUCACCUCGACGAAAUGCCUGAGUUAUCAUCCUUUACAAUUCCAGAACCCAUUUUCACCCCCGAGAUCGAUUUACAAGACGAGAGUGCCAACGAUUUCCUUGCAAAGUCCAUCCAAGUUUUUCCUCCGGAAAACAUCUUCAAGCUGUCCAUGGAAGCUUCUGUACCACACACGCGAUUUCUACACGCCAUCCUGAAACUUGAGCUUCCGUCUCUGAGAAGUGAAUUGAGACAUGACCUCAAAGCCCUCGGCAGGCUAAUAUCCGAAACUAAGUGUAUAGACUUCUCCUGCAAGCUCAACGCGCUACCUCACGAACCUGUCAAUGAUGCGAAGGAUGAGGGUCUCGGUCUUCCGCUCUCCGCGAUACACUUUCACGAUCAGCUUAUGAGGGGAGCCGAGCCCGAUGAACUCGACUACACCGAGGAAGACCUGGCUUACGUUGCAGAGUCUACACACGUUGCAUGGUCCAAUAAAGACUUUGAGCAGCUGUUUGCCCUGGAGACGGGCAUGAUGGCAGUAAGAAACCACGACCAAACUUCUCAUUAUGGCCUUUGCUAAGCUUACCCGAUCACAAGCGGGUUGAAGCCAUGACUCCCCCGUUGAUCAUGACGCCUUUCGCUGAAACCGACAACGCAGAGCUAUUUAUACCAGACGCCGACGUCUGCGAGAUACAUCAAUUUUCCGACCCGCAGAGCCUUCUCGAGGAGGAUCUCAAGUUUUCGGGACGCCUCCUGCAUGAAGCCUACGAUGAUUUCGAAUUUCUCGAUGCCUCUACGUCAGACAUUCUCGGUAUUCCCUCAGAC